AUGGAGGUUGAGAAACCAUUUAAUUGGGAAAUACAUUUGAAAAACUAUGGAAAUGUUCCUUGUAGAAAAGUGAUUGUAAAAUUAAUUGAAAUAGCUGUAGAAUCUCAAGAUAUAAAGAUUGAAGUCUAUUAAAUAUAUCUAAAUAAGAUUUUAGUUACAAAGAAAUGGCAAACCUUUGGGAAACAGGAUUAUUUUAUUAUAUUUUGCAUCCAAUAAAUCAGGAAAUCAAUAAUAUAAUUAAUGAAUUCAAAUUAAUAAUUUUUUAUAUAUUAGUUAGCUCAUUUAGUAGAUAAUAUAUAAUAAUAUUUUGGUUGA